AUGCCUGGGCCUACAAAGCAACAAAAACGUCAUGUCGAUUUCGGUUCUCCUGAAUCCAACGGCGCCCACGACUCAGAGAGCAAGGCACAGCCCAACACGCAUCCCAGAAGCCGGAAUCUCACUGUUGCUCGAAUUAUGCGAUUCUGUCUUCCUCGUCCAACCGGCCCGCCCUCGAGCACUACGUACAAGCUACCACCGUUUGGUAAUCUGGCGAUUUAUAUCAAGGACCGUAACCCCAAGUUGCAAAAGGAGCUUUGGAGACUUGAAGUCGGGAGAUUCAUCCGAAUUGUCAACGGCACAGAGGAUAUGCUGGUUCCCAUGUUGAAGCCCGAGAGCACAGAACGUAUCCAUUCUUCGCCCACUCGACAGAGUUACGAACAACUGCAAGCGCUAGCAGAUCGCAUUCUUUCGGCCUUGCACGUGUGCGUCAUCGAUGACAGCGUUUUGCUCGAACGGCCUUCGGACAAUACCAGUCCCUCGAAAAGGUUCAGCGAAAGCUAUUGGGCUCUUCGCCAGGCUUGGGGCGAGGAAGACGAUUUGCCCGGUCGCGGUAAAACUCAAUUGAAUUACCCAUCAGUGGAUCCAGACCGCACAGCAGAGAAGAAGGAAAACGCAAUAGGGGACCGCGAUCGCCAUUUCAGUGAGCUUGAGCUUGAGCAGUGUUGCUAUCUUGUGGAUCAGAUCACGGCAACACUAGCUUUUUUAGCGGCAAGGGGCCGGGACAACGAUUACUGGCUUGUUGUUGUUCUAGCUUGUCUAGCAAAGCUCUCAACCAAGAUAAAGGUCUUGGUCAAGGAACUAUCAAGAAACGUCCAAACCUGCUUUGAUGAGUUGCAUCGGACGGGUGAUUGGUUCUUCAACGACUUUCAGCGACAACAGGGCCCCCAAGACUUCCAGGACGACGAUGCCCAACAGCCGCUAAGUGACAACAGUCCUACGCACACUCGCUAUUGCAGAGAGGUCAAGGUGGUUUCUUCGUGGCUAACGGACUGCUUUACACGAAUUCUGAGAGACUUGGGCGCUCAAAGAUCCAGGUCGGCAAGAAGCGGCUCCAUAAACGUUUGUACCAUCGUCUACCCAGCCGGCGUAGCUGGUACCCGCACUUUGCUCUGUCAAGCCCGGAAUGGGCAGAUAUCCGGUUCCCCUGGACAAAUAAUGGUUGCGUUCGCAUCGAACUCUCUUACAAUUAUCGAUAAACUGAGCAGUAUCCUAUCGUCUAGAGCCUAUGUGCCACCGCCUGAACACCAGACAACUGACCAGGGAACGGGGGAUCGGUCUCAAAGCACGUCCAAAAGCUCAGGUGAACCGGAGACGGUCUUGGUGGUCGAGUUGGAGCGUCACAAUGAGGAUGUCGAUGGGGAACAACGUUUCAAUCACGUACGGCGGCGUUUGACCAUACGAGCACUGGCUGAUUUUGUCGCUAUCGCGACGUGUCUCUCCCUCUGUCAUCCCGAGGUCGGAGGAGGUUUUCAACGCAGCCUGCAAACAAUCAGCGCCCUUUCGGCUUUCGAGGAACCAGACGACAAUGAAUUUGCCGCUACUAAAAGCGUUUCCACCAAGUCAAAUGUGCCCACGGGGCACACGCCCUCCACGAAAGCAGGAACCGAUUUCUAUGCCUUUGUAAAUCUUUGGUCCGGUAUUGCGGAAUUCGGUCUGCAAACGAACACUUCCUCGUCAAUCUCUAGCUCGGUAAUCGCGGCAAUAAGGCACAACGUGCUCGACAGACAUCUUCCGGCUUCGAAUCAUCCAGGGAUGGGAAAAUCGGCACCUAAGAAUUCGCAAGAGGUUAUAACAGCCCUCAACGAGGCCCAAGCAAAACGGGAACGUCUGAAAGACCUUACCGGAAACUGGAAGAUUCAAGAAUCAUCCAUAGUCAUCGAAUGCCCUGAUUUCGUUGUCAGGGUGUCGUUGUUCAGCGCAGCCCUUGUUAUUGGCGGGCUGGCUUGUGGCUUCCUCGUGGGCGAGAGGAUAACAGGCGUCGACCCCUUCAACCUCAGUAUGUUCUCCUGGAUCAUUGCUGGCUUUGUAAUUCUCAUAGCCAAGAGCGUCAGAGUUUCCGACUGGACCUGGCGAGACUUUCUGUUUCGACAAGUGACGUGUCGGACAGUCAGGGAAGUGGCCGACGUCGUUUCGGGCCUCGACGAGCAGGACAUACUCUGCUUCUUACUCUCGUCAGAGAUUCGGAGCACAUUGAGAACACGCGGUCCCUUUCGAGGCGUGUUUUGCAAUCCUCCAGAGAGCGGCGGCUUUUCGAUCGACGUUAAGCCCAACCUCCAGACCCUUUUGGCGGCGGGGGUCAUUCCCAUCAUGGUUCAAACCCUCGAAGGCCCCGCGUUGCGUUUCCUUAGGCUGGUCCCAGGCCAUAACGGCCCCUUGUCGGUGGAACCGUCUGGCCAGUGUACUGACCUUGUUUGUACAGAUCCUCCUGAAGAUUCAGUAAACGCGAGUCUUCCAGAGGAGGGCCAGAUAGGCGAGGCAAUUGUGUUUCACGAAGAGGUUAGUUGGAUGAAAGUUUUGGGUGUUUACAAUGUGACUGGGGUCUCAUUCCGAUAA